GAUUCUGUGAUGGAUUCGCUGUUUCGAGCGGACGGCGAGCAUUCGAAGCUGCUUCCAAAGGUGAUCACCGAUUUGGAGCUUCUGAUUGACAGGAAAGAGUUAUAA